CGCAGUUACGGAUUUGACAUUAAUGUAAUUUAGAAAAAGGCGACCUCGCCGUGGUUUGACCCAAUGAAGAUUCCGUAGCCGGCACCGGAAAGGAUUUACGACAGCAGCACAGGUCGACUUUACGGCAGUUGAUGUCGCCGCUUCGACAUGUGAGAAGUUUUGAGUUUGGAUGUUCAGACUUCACCAAAGACACACGAGUCAACGAAAACACUCACAGCGCCAUGUUUGAACGAUCUCUUCCCGCCUCUCCCAACUGGUACUGCUCGCGCUGCAGUGACGUCAGCAGCAGCGGUUUAAUGGGAUUCGGAGCCAAAAACAACAUUUAUCUGAUUGAUGUGUCCGCGUGCAGCUGCAGGGUGGUGGGUGAGCUGGUCGGACACGGGGACGUGGUGUCGGGUUUCUCCUUCUGUCAUCAUGAGGGACAGGGUCACCUCUGUGUUAGCUCCGCCCACGAUGGGACCAUUUGCUUCUGGGACACCAACACCAGGACUCCUCUGAGGGAACUCGCAUCUCAUCAGAGUCCCGUGUCAGCAGUGCACUGGUCUCCUGUGGAUAAAAACCUGGUGGUGUCGGGAGAUGAAAAGGGCGUGGUUGUGUGUCACUGGUAUCACACUGGAGACACUGGCAGCUUCUUCCCUGAGCCGCGCACCAUCUUCUGCCUCAGCUGUUCCCCUCACACCUGGAGCUGUGUGGCUGUCGGCUACAAGGACGGAAUGAUCGUACUGAUCGACGUGAGUAAGAAAGGUGAGGUCACGCACCGUCUCCGUGGACACGACGACGAGAUCCACUCGCUGGCGUGGGCGCCUCUGCCCGGUGAGAGCGCCCUCUGCUGCCGACCUGAGGACAGUGAAGUCACAAAUGGCGUCUUGUCAGAGGAGGACGGAUGUUUGUUAGCUUCUGGCAGCAAAGACCAGACGGUCAGGAUCUGGAGCGCAGCCAAGGGCAAAGGAGUGAUGACGCUGAAACUGCCAUACCUGAAGAGACGAGGCUCCGCCCUCGACCCCGGGGUCAAAGAGCGACUGUGGCUGAGUGUCCUGUGGCCCAGGGGACGCUCCAAUCAGCUGGUGUCCAGUUGCUUCAGUGGCGAGCUGGUUGUGUGGGACCUGACCCGGUCGGGGAAGCAGCGGUGGACCUUGUUGGGGACGUCGUCAGACGGUCAGAACCACAGCAGGAUCGUCUUCAACAUGAGCUCAGUUCUGCUUCAGGACGACAGAGAGCUGCUCAUCAGCACGUCCAUGGACCGCGAGAUAAAGUGCUGGGACCUGUCGUCUCUCGACUGCUGUUGGACUCUGCCCACGCUCGGCGGCUUCGUUUACAAGCUUGCCUUCUCUCCUGUGGGGGCGGGAUGUCUGGCACUCGGUGUCGGCGACAACAUGAUCCGGGUCUGGAACACGCUGACCACCCAGAACCAGUACGACACCAGGUCAUUCUGGCAGGGCAUCAAGUCCAAGGUCACAGCGUUAGCGUGGCAUCCGAAGAAAGAAGGAUCUCUGGCGUUUGGAACAGAUGACGGUAAAGUUGGAAUCUACAACGUUUUCUCAAACAAGCCGCCACAGGUUUCCAGCUCGUAUCACAGGAGGACCGUGUACACGUUAGUGUGGGGACCGCCCGUCCCCCCGAUGACGUCCGUGGCAGGAAAGGCGUGUCACUCUCUGUACAGCUGUGGCGGUGAAGGAGUCAUCCUGCAACACGACCCGGCGAGGCUGAGCGGAGACGCGUCAGACGUGGACUCACUCAUCAGAGACAGCAACAACAUCAGGCACAAACUCUCUCCACACACUGACCUCAGCUGGAAGCCUGAUGGGACAGUGGUUGCCAUUGGCAACGAGGACGGGUGCGUGGAUGUGUACGUGGCUCCGCCUCUGAAGCUGCUCUGCAGCGUGCAGCAGCAUCACAAGAUCAUCAACACGUUGCGCUGGCACCACGACCUCCUCGCCUCUGGCUCCAGCAACGCCGUCGUCUACGUCCACGACCUGCGUGCCGUCAUAGAGAAUCCUCCGGACAGUCCGCCGGUGCUGACGGAGCCGUACCGCAGGCUCUGUGGUCACACGGCCAAAAUCACCGGCAUGGCGUGGAGUCCUCACCACGACGCCCGACUGGUCACCGUGUCGUACGACGGCACCGCACAGGUGUGGGACGUCCUGCAGGAAGCCGCUGUCGCCAACUACCGUGGUCACACGGGUUACCUGCUCUGUGUGGACUGGUCACCUGUGGACCCGGACCUGGUCUGGACCGGAGGGAAGGACUUCACAGUGCAGGAGUGGAGCAUCUCCAAACAGGAGUUCACCAAACCUCCCACAGGGAAGAAGCUGGUGGAGCUGAAGGAGAAGAUGAAACAGAAGAAGAAGAACAAGAAGAAGCCGACGCCUGCAGGCGGAGCCAUGGCGUCGCCGCAGGUGAACGGGGAGAAAGUAUCAAACGGAGAGAAGGCGUCGAUAGGCCAAGAGGCGUCAGGUGACGAUGAGGAAGAUGAAGUCGGCUCAGUGAGCAGCACCACACCUGCAGCAGCUUCGUUUGAGACGCAGAAGAAAUCAUCAUCAUCAUCAUCAUCAUCAUCAUCAUCUGCUGCUGCGAAGAUCAAAGACAGAACAGACCUGAUGAUGAAGAGGAAGAAACCUCGCUCUCUUCUUCCUCUCAGUUCGUCCAUGGACCAGCGUCCCAGAGAAGACCAGCUGCAGGACUGUGUCUCUCUGUCCACAUGUCUGUCCACGCUGCAACGCCAUGACGCUGACAGUCAGACUCCGCCCCCUGGAGGCUGUGUCCCCGGUGAAGGACGGCACCUGAACCUGGGUCUGUACUGUGACCGCGCCGCGCUGCACAGACUGCUCCACUCUGAGGAGGACGCUCACCUGGAGGCGUGUCACUUUGACUCAGUGGUGUACCUGCGCCUGUGGAGUGGGGACCUGCAGGGGGCGCUGCAGCUGGCCACAGAGAGAGGAGAGCUCAACGACCACCUGCUGUCCCUCGCACCGAUGGCGGGUUUCUCAGUGUGGCAGCGGGCGGUGCAGGCCUUCGUGCAGCAGCUGUGUUUACAGGAUCAGCACCUGAAGGCAGCGUCUCACCUGCUGUCAAUCAACCAGGUGCACGAGGCGGUAGAGCUGCUGCUCACACACAGACUGUACAGGGAGGCGGCGGCCCUGGCUCUGGCACGGCUGCCGGCGGACGACCUCAUCCUGAGGCGUGUCUACAGCAGCUGGGCGUCGUCUCUGGAGAAGGACGGACAUUUCUCGUCCGCCGCCAAGUGUUACCUCGCUGCCGGCGCCGUUUUCGACGCCGCCAAGGUCAUCGCUAGGAAGAACGAUGUGGAGUCGCUGAGGGCAGCGGCCGACGUGGCGAGGAUAGGCGGCGAGCUGGCUCUGGCUCGGGAGCUGGCGCUGCGCUGCAGUAAAGAGCUGGCGGCGGCGCAAGACUGGGUCGCGGCGCAGGAAGUGGUGAUGUGUCACGGCGGACUGAAGGUUCACCAGCUGCACCUCAGCGUCUGCGAGCUCGCCGCCACCACGCUGGAAGACGCCGCCGCCGUCUCUCCGUCCUGCGUCUCCCGUCACUCGUGGGCGUCGCCCGCCACGGGCCACGGCUCCCUCCUGGAUCGGGUGAGAGACGUGUGGGAGGAGCAGUUCGCCGUCUCUGAGCGGUCGACAGGAAGUCACGGCGCUGCGGCGUUGCUGCAGGAGCUGCGAUCCGUAGAGAGUCCGACGGCGAGCGCUCGCGCCAGCGUCGCUCAGGUGCUGCUGAUGUCAUCGCUCCACCUGACCGCCGCCGCCCUCUGCUGGCUGCUGGACGACGACGCUCAGCUCGUCAUGUGUCUGUGGCGGGCGGUGACGUCACUGACGGACACCGGAAACUUCAGCUUGUCGGCGGGAAUCUGCCGGCGACUGUUUCCACACGGUGACGUCAGCGCGUUUUCCACCAAACGUCCGAAAACUCUUCACCUCACGGACGACGCGGCGCACGCCGGAGACAGCCUGCAUGCCGCCGUCCUCUUCCACCGCCUGUACGAGCACUGGUGGACGCACGAGACAAGGGACGAUGAGGGGGACGAGGCGCGGGACGUCCCUCGCCUUCAGGAGGGAGGGGUCUGGUCCGGCGCUCUGGCGCUGCUCGUGUGUGAGCGUCACGCCGCCCUGCAGGACAGUCGGAGAAGAGUCGCCGAGAUCCAGGAGCAGCUGAGCGCCAUGGUGACGCAGCACAGACACGCCCGCGCAUCGGAGGAACAGGAGGAUUCUGGGAAAUGGUCUGACGAGACAUUUCUGUCUUUGUCUGUGAAAAUGUCCACGAUUCAGAGAACGGAGGAAGGACUGGAGGACGACGUCAAGAAGUUUCCUCGUCCUGACGUCGUCGAGUGUUGUCUCCUCCUCCUUCACGUCUCCAGAUCUUCAGCGUUCGUCUCUGAGUCUCUGCAGGAACGAGCCAAAGAGCUGCUGCGAAAAUACGCACGCACUCCCAGGGCCCUGAACGCAUCACGACGUUUCCUCACCUGAACCUGAACGCGUCCAGAGUUUUCUCACCUGAACACAUCACGAGUUUCUGAACCUGAACGUAUCAUGAAUUUCCUCACCUGAACCCAUCACGUUUCCUCACCAGAACCUGAACACACCACGAAUUUCCUCACCUGAACGCAUCAUGAAUUUUCUAACCUGAACGCAUCACAACGUUUCUGAACCUGAACGCAUCAUGAGUUUUGUAUCUGAACGACUCAUGUUUUUCCGCACCUGAACCUGAACGCAUCAUGAUUUUCCGCACCUGAACGCAUCACCACUUCCUGUGUACAAACGUUUUGUUAAAUAAAAAAUGUUCACGUGUGA